CAAAAUAUCAUUGAAUGUUAUUGUCAACCUCAAAGUUAUCAACAUCAAAGCUUUAAAGAUCAUAAUUAUCUAGUCCAUAAAGAUCAACAGUAAAUUAUUUGAGUUAAGAUCUCGAUUCACCAUCUAGAUAAAGAAUUAAACUUCUAUCUGAUAAAUGGAAUCAUAUCUAGAAUGGAAUAGAUAAGGAUAAAUUGGAAAAGAAAGAAGUGUUGGAAGAAAGAAUAAAAAUAAUUGAAGAUGUUCUAUCAUCUGAAAAACCAAAAGAUGAAUAGAGAUUCAAGGUUUUGAAGGAUUAAGUUCUAAAAUUAUAAGAUUUUGCCCAUAACCAAAAGUCAGAAAGAGAAGUAUGAUAAUUUUUGUAAGAUUUAGGCUUUUGAUGAUAAGAAGGAGAAAGAUUUUAGAACUCUUUCAGAUAACGUAGCUUUGUCUUUUGAAUAAGAGAGAAAUAUUAGAGGAUAGGGAGAGACUAAAUUAUAAAAACAGAUUGAUGAAAGAUUCACUUAGAUCACAUUGACAAUAACUAGAAACAAUCAUUAAUAUGAAGAUAGAAGCUAAGCCAAAAUUGCAGAAGUGCUGUAAUAAAUUUAAUUGGUUAAAAAUCAAUUGGAUUAAGAAAGAAGAUCAAGGUAUAUAAUUUUUGUUCGAUAUUUUAGAGAAGAAUCAUCGGAAGGUUUAAGUGAACAAAUUGAUUAAGAAAUUAAUAAAUUCUCAGAUCAAUUGUUGAUAGAAAAGAAAGUUAGAGAAGAAACCUAAGGCAAAAUCUUCAGAAUGAUAGAAGAUGUUCAUGGCAAAUUGUAAUAAGACAUCAACUUUGAAAGAAGGGAAAGAGAAAGCACCACUGAAGCAUUGUUAAAACUAUUGGAAGAUGCUUGUAUUUAGAUUGAUAAGAAUUUUAGAUAUUGA